AUAUAAAUGCUGCUGUAAAAAAAGCAAUACAAGAGUCACAACUUUUAUUUGAAGAUGUUUUAAAAAAAGUAUUAGAAAAUUUAAAUAUAGCAAAAGAUAUUAAAGAAAUUAAAGAAGCUAUAGAUGAAAUUGAUAAUAAAGAUUUAAAAAAAAUAAUUAACGAAAAAACACAAUCAAUAGAAAAUAAAAUUGCAAAUAUUAAAAUUCCAGAUUUACCUAAACCACCUGAAGUUGAUUUAUCAAAAAUUUUAAAAGAAGCACAAGAAACACGAUGA